AAAAAAUUGACAUGAACAAGAAUACCUUAUAACGGGUAUGAUAUGGAAGCCUCAAUGUUAACAAGAUAUGUCCCAUCAGUUGCUCGUCAUACAAGAGUCUUACGAUAUGGAAAGUACCAUCACAUUUAUUUUAUUUAUCAUCAUAUGGCUUUAGCUUGGGUACGAGAAACGGUGGGAAACUUAGAAAAGAUUGGAUUUAUAUGUUUUUAUGAGGAGAGAGACGUGUGCCCUGGAGAAAACAUUCUAGGGUCGGUCCUUCAAAAUAUGAGAAAAGCGUUAAAAAUCGUCAUUAUUCUCAACAACGAAUUCUUAUCAUGUAAGAAAAGUCUACUGAGGGCGAAUUACGCAGUGCAUGAAGACUUGUCAAGGGACAAAGAGGAUGAUCCGGAUUGUUUGAUUCCAGUCCGACUCGAAAUAUGUGAGCUUCCAGAGGUAUUGGUCCUCGUUAAACCCCUGAAUAUUUAUGACCACCCAAAAAACUGGAUGGAUAUACUUGUUGGGUCGAUUGAUUCAAAUGCAAAAACUUCUCAAAGUACCUCGAAACCCAACAAUGACACUGCUGUAAAUUCCCUAGAAGCAGCUGCAAACAUAUUUGAAAAAGAGCUGAAAGAAGCCCAAAUAAAAGAAGUGCAUGCGUUUCUUCUGACCCCAAUGGCGCUUAAUCUAUGCCACUUUCUCAACCAAAGUGGUCGAUCGAUGGCUUUCCAUCUCGCCGUGGAAACUUUGGGUAUUCAAAUCAGUGGAGAAACUGUUUCCUUGUCUAUGAAUGCCUUUAGAACAUAUGCCUCUAGGCCCUAUCAAAUAGCAAACAUUUUCAGGCAAAACAUGGGAGAAUUACCAAAUGAGUUAACAAGUGUAACAUUAGAGGUAUCUCUGGAAGAUGAUUUGAUAUGUCGAGAAACUGAGAGUGACGUUAAAGAGUUCAAUGAAUUAAUGAGAAUGGUUUUAAGAGCAAGAAGUGAUCAUUACUUGACCGAUAUAAUGUACAAUGUCGAGGGUAUUCCGAAAUCCCGAAACAUAAGAGACAAAUGUCGAUUCUUGAUUCAUGACGCAUUGGUGGAAAUUAUUCCAGAGAUAGCGGCUCAUCCACAAUUCGUUUCCUACGAUGCAAGGCUGGACAGUUUUCAAACUUGGCAUGCCAGUCCGCCACCUUCCAAAGAGGAGUUCGCUGAAGCAGGGUACUUUUGUGAACAGAAUGGUGUAAUUUUGCGUUGUUUUUAUUGUAAUGGAGUGGACUGGGACUUUAAGCCACAUGAGGACCCCUGGAAGCGACAUGCUAAAUGGUAUUACAACUGUCCAUUUAUACGACAGAAUAAAACACCUGACUUCAUUUAUCAGAGUAGAUUUGGGAAGAGUACUCCGCGCAGGGUCUAUAACUUACGAUUUGUAAGAUUUCUGGAUCGACUUAUCUCAUACCAAACUUGGAACCACGGGGAACUCCCACACGCCUUAAAGAUGGCGGAUGCUGGAUUAUACUACACCAGACUGGAAGAUAAAGUGUGUUGUUUCUACUGUGGGCAUGGUUUUAGGAACUGGAUGAAGUGGGAUGACCCUCGUUAUAAGCAUGCUCUAUUGUCUCCACAGUGUAAAUACAUCAGGCAAAUCAAUUCAACCGUAUUUUGGCAAAAUGUGUCAAGGGAACGAGAUAAGAUGCGAGCAUCUGAAAAGUGUCUCUUUACCUAUACCAUCAAAAGGCGCCUAGCGCGUUAAUAUGCAUUUGAGUCUGUUUACAAUCAAUGAAUAUAAAACACGAGUCCUAUAAAAGUUAGGAUAAUACCAACGGAGAGAUGGAAACUAUCACCAAAUUGACUAUUCUACUCUUAAUUUUCUUUACUUUGAUAUUCAUAAUUCU